CUACCACCCACCCUACCACCCCCUCCCCCGGGUCUAAAAAAAAAAUCCAGAGCCUUCUCUCAUCCCCCCACCAUCCCAAUCCGACCAAACCCUAGGCAAUCUGCCGGCCAUGGCGAUGUCGGAUCUCGCGGCUGCGGUGAUCUCCAAGGCCAACGGCGGCGUGGACGGCGAGGAGCCGGUGGAGAUCCGGGAGGUGUGGGCGGACAAUCUGGAGGCGGAGUUCGCGCUGAUCCGCGACGUCGUCGACGAGUUCCCCUUCGUCGCCAUGGACACCGAGUUCCCGGGCAUCGUCUGCCGCCCCGUCGGUGCCUUCCGCUCCCCGGCAGACUACAACUACGCCACCCUCAAGGCCAACGUCGACAUGCUGCACCUCAUCCAGCUGGGGCUCACCUUCUCGGGCCCCACGGGCGAGCUCCCUGCCCUCGGCGCCGGACGCCGCCGAUGCGUCUGGCAGUUCAACUUCCGCGAGUUUGACGACGAGCGCGACAUCUUCGCCACCGACUCCAUCGAGCUGCUCCGCCACAGCGGCAUCGACUUCCGCCGCAACGCCGAGCGCGGCGUCGACGCCCGCCGCUUUGCCGAGCUGCUCAUGUCCUCGGGCGUCGUGCUCAACGACGCCGUCUACUGGGUGACCUUCCAUGCCGGAUACGACUUUGGCUACCUGCUCAAAAUCCUCACCUGCAACAGCCUCCCCGACACACAGGCUGGCUUCUUCAAGCUGAUGAAGAUAUAUUUCCCCACCGUCUAUGACAUCAAGCAUCUCAUGAAGUUCUGCAACAGCCUGCACGGAGGCCUGAACAAGCUUGCCGAGUUGCUCGAUGUGGAGCGUGUUGGAGAGUCACACCAGGCCGGGUCCGACAGCCUGGUCACGUCUUGUGCGUUCUGGAAACUCAAGGAUUCCUUCUUUGCUGGAUCAACUGAGAAAUAUGCUGGCGUGCUGUAUGGGCUCAACGCAGAGAAUGGUGUCAGUGCGCAUUGAUGGAUGAUGCUCCCUUUGAAUAGCUCUGUGAAUGGGUUGAUUUAGGACAGAAAGAGGUGGCGAGUGAGCUAGCAGGCAAACUGAUGACCAAAUAUGUAGGUUUAGCUUGUCUCACUCAGUUAGUCAAUUCCAUUUUGUUGGAUGUAAUUUGAAUGUAGUGUUUUUCAGUUAUUCCCAUUGAACUAGUGUUUUCUACUUAUGCUGUUAGCUUUCUCUUGAAUAUUACUUGAAUAGAAAAGUAUCACCUCUA